GCCCCAGUUCUUUUUCAAUUCCUUCCAUUUCCUUUCCGGUUUCAUUUGCAGCAAUUACAAUUAGAAUACAUGGGAGCACGAGAAAGAAAAGCUUCCCUGCUUCACUAAAAAGGGGUUUCUUUUUUAACUGGCCAAAGCCAAAGUCUUUUCGUUAUCCCUAAGCCAGAUUCUCUCUCUCUCCCAUUUCUCAAAAUUCUUCAUUGGUGGCUUUUCAUUCACGAGCUCGGAAACAAAAACUACUCAACAAGCCCUCUUCUCUCUGGCACCGAACCCAAUAACCCACCAAACUGGUAAAUAAGUAUGAAAUCAGCAUCCCUUUCUCACCAAUCAUCUCUUUUUUUUUUUUGCUCUUCUUCGUCGACCAUUCCUUUAGCACAUUCAAAUUAAAACUUAGUUUUAUUAGGAAGGAACAAGAAGUCGAAAAAGGAAUGGCAAGAGAGAAGAUUCAGAUUAAGAAAAUUGAUAACAGUACAGCAAGGCAGGUAACUUUUGCCAAAAGGAGAAGAGGGUUGUUUAAGAAAGCUGAGGAGCUCGCCAUUCUUUGUGAUGCAGAUGUUGCUCUUAUUAUUUUCUCAUCUACUGGGAAGCUCUUUGACUAUGCUAGCUCAAGCAUGAAGGAGAUACUAGAAAGGCACCAUUUGCGCUCAAAGAACCUUGAGAAGCUGGAACAACCUUGUCUUGGGCUGCAGCUUGUAGAACACAGCAACCAGUCCAUGCUGACUAUGGAAAUAGCAGAGAAAAGUCAUCAGCUGAGGCAAAUGAGAGGUGAGGAACUCCAUGGAUUAAAUAUUGAAGAACUACAGCAGCUAGAAAAAUCUCUGGAAAUUGGGUUGAGCCGUGUGAUGGAGAAAAAGGGUCAAAGGAUUAUGAGAGAAAUCAAAGACCUUCAAAGAAAGGGAAUGCAGUUGAUGGAAGAAAAUGAACGAUUGAAACAGCAAAUAAUUAACGGCCCAAGACAAGUUGCCGGUGACUCGGACAAUAUUAUCUUCGGUGAGGAAGGUCAGUCAUCGGAGUCGGUGACCAACGUCUGCACCUCUAACGGUAACCCGCAUGACUACGAAAGCUCCGUUACAUCCUUGAAAUUAGGGUUACCAUAUUCUGGUUAACUGUGGGGAGGAUUUGAGGCGAUCGACUUGGAGUACGAUAUAAAUGAUCACUUGGAUUGAUAUUGAAAUGAAAAGCUAACUGACCUUGAUGUUUUUUAGUUCAAUUUUAAUCAAAAACUUGGAACUGAUACUUGGGUUGUGGAAACGAUAUCCUCACUUUCCAUGUCCAAAAUUUGUCCUAUAUUGUCUGGUAAUUGGAGCUCAGCUUUACAAA